GCGUUCCGCUCUUCUAUAUAGAUACAGUAAUUAUUAAUAUUUACACGAGUUACGACAUUUAUAAACAUUUCUGAUAAGGUCAUCGGCUCGCAGCUAGCUUCUGGGCGGUAGUCGUUUGUUCGUUGACCCGCACUCCCGCCGCCGCCGCCGGUCAAAUGCGGAAACAAAUAUUUACGUUACAUCUGUGUUUAGAACUUAACGGAGCUUUCAAGCUGUGUCGGAGGAAGUAAUGAGAAACUACGUACUUAGUGAACAGUUUCGUAGUGUAGGAGAGUGGUAAAAUACUGAUUGUUUUGACCUGAUUCAGUGCUAGCUAUUAUUAUAGCAGCUAUUACGAAAAACAAGGAAACCAACAAAACGAAAGAUUCACAGCACGACAAAAAUGGUUUCUAAAAUCUCGCACAUAGCAUGCCUAAGCUUCUUCCUGCUGCACCUAGAGUCAUGGACCCACGCGGAACUGUUCACUGCCAUAGCUGAGAUGGAGCCGCUGCUACAGACGCACAAGAGGAUCAUUGAUGACUUAGACCAUUAUAUUAUUAUGGAAGAGGAAAGAAUAGCUGUAUUGAAAAGGCACUUGGACCUGUACAAACUAGAACAUGAAAAAGCUAUGGAAGAUAUUCCCAACUAUUUGGGAAAUCCUAUCAACGCAUUUACAUUGAUUAAAAGACUGACUACGGAAUUAGAUGAUAUAGAAGAUAGUAUAAAAAUUGGCACAGAAUACAUAAAGAACAUUACGAUGAACCACGCGGACGUGAAGUACCCCACGCUAGAAGACUUGGCGGGAGCGGCACAGGCCCUUACGAGAUUACAGACCACGUACCACUUAAGCGUUCACGAACUCGCCCAGGGCGUACUCAACGGAGUGAAGUACAGCUCCCCCAUGUCGGCCGCGGACUGCUACGAGCUCAUGCGAGCGCUGUACAACAUGAAGGACUACGAGAACGCACUGGCGUGGGCCAUGGAGGCGCUUAGCAAACUGCGUGAGGAGACCGUCUCGCACUCCUUCACGGAGAUAGAGCUGCUCGAGUACAUCAGCUUCUCGCAUUACCUGAAGGGAGACGUAAAGACUGCCCUGGAAUGGACGGAAAAACUGCUUGCCUUAGAUCCCGAACAUCCGCGGGCGCGGGGCAAUGUACCGCACUUCAAGAAAUCUAUCGCCGAGCAGGACAAGGCUACACGGAGGAGGCAGCGAGGGGAAACCGGGGAAGAGCCGUCGAAACCCGAGGUGUCCGACGAGAUGAGAGAUUACGCCAUUGAAAGAAAAAAAUAUGAGGCAUUGUGCCGCGGCGAGAUGGACAUCUCCAGUGACAUUGCUAAAAGACUGAAGUGCCGUUACUUGACAGAGAAUCAUCCUUUCCUGCGGCUUGCGCCGUUUAAGGUGGAGCAGGUGUACAUCAGCCCGGACGUGUACGUCUUCCACGAUGUCAUCAGCGACGACGAGAUCCAGCACAUCCAGGACAUGGCCAUGCCGAGGUUCAAGCGCGCCGUGGUGCACGACCCGAAGACGGGCGAGCUGGUGCCGGCGCACUACCGCAUCAGCAAGGCGGCCUGGCUGCGCGACGCCGAGGCGGCCGCCGUGGCGCGCCUGUCGCGCCGCGUGCGCCUGUUGACCGGCCUCGACGUGGCCUCGGCCGAGGAGCUGCAGGUCGUCAACUACGGCAUCGGCGGCCACUACGAGCCGCACUACGACUUCGCGAGGAAAUAUGAAAACGCUUUCAACCACUUCGACGGCAACAGAAUUGCUACAGUGCUGUUUUAUAUGUCGGAGGUGGCGCAAGGGGGCGCGACGGUGUUCACGGAGCUAGGCCUGAGCGUGUUCCCGAAGAAGAACGCGGCGCUGUUCUGGCUCAACCUGCACCCCUCCGGCGAGGGCGACAUGGCCACGCGCCACGCCGCCUGCCCCGUGCUGCGCGGCUCCAAGUGGGUGUGCAACAAGUGGCUUCACCAGGGCGGGCAGGAGCUGCUCAAGCCCUGCAGCCUGGACUACCAACAAGAAGGCAUCCAGAGGAAGAUCCCGCGCGCGGUGCCCAAGACGUCUAGGUAGGGUGUUGAUGGCUGAUAGAUAUCAAACAAACAUCCAUUGAUCGUGUUACAUGGUUAUGUGUAUCUAAAGUAUAAGACAAAUUCGUGUAUCGGAUCUGAUAGUUAAUGGAAAUAGCGCUGUACGCGAUGCGAUAACCCUGGUUGUAUGGAGGGUAGAGGUAAGGAGAACACUUUCUGUGUAUGAAAGUGUCCGUCAAAAGGAGUAAUAGGUGGCGCCACAUUAGCAAGAGGUUAAACUUCCGCUUUUAAAUGCGCACUUAUAAUUAUUAUGAAUAAAAAAUUAUGUUCAAGUAAAUUUGUUUAUUAAUUAAGAAAAUUAUAAAAGUAAAUCUUUAAAAAUAUACUUUACUAUUGGUAUUAUAUAUAUUUAUUGGGGAUUUAUAUAUUGGGGUGAUUAUAUAUAUUGGGGUGUCACCUUCAUAUAAUUUAUAACGUACAAACGGCAAAUCUCGUGUUGAAUUUUUUUAUUGAAAUGACACCUUUCAGCAUACCAAUAUAACUUGAAAAUUACUAUAGUUGAUAUUGAAAUUUUCAAUUCGGUACACUUCACUCCGCCAAUAACGGGCUAAGGUCAUUUCAUACCAUCUUGCUAUUCCAGCGCCACUCUGGAGAGAUUUGAGUUCCCCCAUUUAAGAGUGUUCUAAUUUUUUCAACCCCCCCCCCCCCCCCCCAUACCUGAUUGUCAAAUGUUGACGUUUGACAAUUCAACUACCACAACACAUGACGCCAUACAAAGCCAUCUUCUUUACCUGUCAACAUCCUUUUCACGAUAUUUUCUUGCACUUUAUACAUCUUAAUUAUUAUAAUCAAUGGAUGGAUCGAUAUAAAACAAAUGAACUGAAUUCAAAUCCUAGCAAUAGUUAGGUUAUAUUAAUAGUAAACAAAUUUAUAAAACGUACAUUUAUACGUUUAUUAAAUCUAAUUAGUAACCGGUUAGUUUUAUAUUGAGUUGAAGCAACCGAUAACGAUUAAAAGUCAAUAAAAUGAACAAAUAGAAUUAUUUAAAAUAGUGUAACAUUAAUUGUGAUUAUAUGUUUAAUAUUUACAUAAUAAACGAUGCGACAACUAGUGAAACGCCGCUAUGAAGUCAAUGCUGGGGGUUAUGAAUUGACCCCUAUAUUUACGAAGCUAAGACCUACCGUUUAACCGAUAGCGUUAGUGUCAUAUAUAUAAGGGUCAAUUCAUAACUGUCCAGAUUUACUUCUUAGCUGCGUUUUACUAUAAGUGCCAGUGGAAUGCAAGUACAAAGGUUUUCGGUUCGUCACUCACUUUGAUACAAACACUGGAAUAUAACGAAGGUGAAUUGAUUGAUUCUUAGUAGGCUAUUGUUUAUUUACAAUUAAGCCACAUUUUCAUUUAUUAUACAUCUUCCUUACUAUUGGCAAGUCGCUUGGAUUAAACACUUAAGCCCUUAUAUACUUGAUUAGUAUUUUUCAAUGAAGAAUCUCGCAAUAUAUUAAUAAGACUAUUAUUAGGACUAAUGCUAGAACUAUAAAUUAUGGCCAGUUAUAUUUUCUUGCCCCAUAUUUUAUUUAACCAUGACACUAAUACAACAUAAUAUAUCUAAGUACUUAUAGGUAGCAUAAUUCAUGUAUAACAGUGGCAGGGCGUCCAUAGAACUCGCACCACCGGCUUGCCUAUUCUGGCCAAAUACUUCGGCUUUUCUAAUGGGUAUGUUUGACGCGCCGCCACUGAUAUGUCCAUUAUUUAAUUAGCAAGCCAGCAGCAGUUUCCAAAUAUAACGCAAAGUAAGAGGCUGUAUCUGGGCAAUACGUACAGCGAUAGCGAAAUAAUUACUGUUUCCAGCUUGUAUCGACUUUCACUAGAAAGAAAAUGGUGUGUUUACCGAGUGGGUUUUAUAAACGGAGCACUGAGGGCAGCUACCCAAUCCCUACCUACCUUCAUAAUUGUAUGAAUGAGAAACAUUUUGUUUAAUUUGUGGCUUUUCUAGUGCCCUAACCUAGGUUGCUCUCUAAGAAGCUUAUCCUAGAUAGAAGUGGAAUGGAUUGGCACCAAAAUAAAAUUUACGAUUAUGUUGAUGACUGUACAUCUUUUCCAAAAUAUGUAAAUGCCAAUUUUUUUUAGUUAGGGAAGAUCUAAGACCAUUCUCGUUUAGCAUCACGGGAUCUGGUAGCUGCCUUUAGUGCCACAUUUAGAAAUGCCAUCCGGUAUAUACAUGUCGGUGAUAAUAAAAUCGUGAUAACAUGUUUUUACCUUAGCUUAUAAGCUAUCAAGUAAACGUUUAUUAUUGUACAUUUUCAUGUACAAUACCAUGCCAUACAAAAUGCAUUUUUUUUCCAAAUCAGCUAAUAUAAUCAGCUGCAAAGAUAGUUGACUCCUCUAUAUACAGACUUCUAUGUAAGUAUCUCUGCGGGUGACAUUUUACAAACGCUACAAACGUAGAAACGAACAAUCCGUUAAACUAUAGACAUAUAACGUAAAGCCUUAGGUCAGCUCUGAGAAGUCAAACCUAGCCUUUGUAGAUUGUCAUGGAACAUGAAACAUUUCAGCAGUUUUUUAUGAAAUAAUCAACAAACUCCUUUUUAUACAGUGUACAAAACUACUAAUAUUAGAAGUAUUUUCUGUAGUACAAUUUCAUUACAAUUAUGUAAUAUAUUACUUGUUUAAUUGUAGCCCAGUGAAUGAUCUUGUGGAAACAUUAUGUUUUAUUUUAUUAUGUAUUUCAUGAUUCUAGAUCGCUUUAUGCAAUUUUAUAAAGAACUUUUUAGUUUAUUUAAGUAUAUUUUUUCUUUUAUUUUUACAUUCAACUGUGGUAACAUAAUACAACAAUUAUAAAAAACA